AUGCGUCAUAAUUCUGGAUUUGGUUGGGAUCCAAUCACAAAGAGGUUUACUGCUAGCGAUGAGGUGUGGGAAGAUUAUUUUAAGUCUCAUCCUACUCAUAAAAAUCUACGGACAGAUACGAUUGCUGACUAUGACGAUUUAGCAUUUGUAUUUGGAAGUAGUACUGCUGUAGAAAAAAACUCUAUCGAAUUGGGUGAUGAAACUGAUGCAAGAAUCUAUAGUGUUGAAGAAGAUAAUCAGUGUAGAAUUGAUCAACUACACUUUGAUUUUGCUAACGAUGGAUUUACACAAAAUGAUAUACAAGUAGAUUCUCAAGAUCCACGAUUAUCACAAUAUACUUCAUCAGCACCUCAAGAGAUAAAUGUGGAAGCAACUUCAACAAAGUAUUAUAAGAGAAAAAGGAAUAGAACUGAAUAUGAAGGAAAUAGUAGUUCAACAGAGGAAACAAAUCGAUCUAAUGUGUUAGAUAAAUUAUCUAAUACUCUUGAUUCGAUUGCGGCUGAUAUCCAUAUUUUGGUGCAAAAAAGGGAAAAAGAAAGUGGUUGUUGGGAUGCUAUUAACGAACUCCCUGACUUGGAUAGUGAUACUUGUUUCAAGGUUUUGGAAUGGCUGAACACGAAAUCAAAGAAAGAUACAUUUAUAAAUAUGUCACCCCAAGAUCGCUAUAAGUGGAUAAUGUUCAAAUUGUCCAAAUGA